AUGAAACAGCAAGUCGUUGUCGUUGAUAAUGGAGCACAUACCAUCAAAGUUGGGUUAGCAAGUACGUCUUCGCAGGACGCAAAAGUCUUCCCGAACGCAGUCAUCAGAUCCAAGGGAGACAAAACCACCUAUUACGGAUCCGACUUCGCGAACUGUAAGGAUGCUGCGAGUCUCAACUUUCGCCUGCCCUUUGAGAAGGGCUUCAUCGUCGAUUGGGAUGCUCAGAAGGCUAUAUGGGACGGCGUUCUCAGGGAGGACUUCCUCGGGGUGGACCCAAGCGAGUCUACUUUGCUCCUUACCGAACCGUACUUCAACCUUCCAAACUUGCAGACGACCUACGAUCAGUUCGUAUUUGAGGAAUACGAGUUCGACGCAUACUACCGAUGUGCUCCUGCAGCACUUAUUCCAUAUGGUACCUUGUUCAAGGCCAAGGGACAGCCCAAUCCCGAAUGUGUUCUUGUCGUUGACACUGGAUUCAGUUACACGCACAUUGUACCACUGAUAAACGGUGUCGUGCAAUGGUCGGCGGUCAAGCGUAUAGAUGUCGGCGGGAAGCUCUUGACCAACCAUCUGAAGGAGCUCGUCUCGUACAGACAGUGGAACAUGAUGGAUGAGACGUACAUCAUGAAUGAAGUCAAAGAGGCUUGCUGCUACGUCUCACAGGACUUCAGUGCGGACUUGGAGAUCUGUCGGAAAGAUACGAAGUCGAACAGUGUUGUGCAGGAGUACGUUCUGCCGGAUUUCACGUCGAACAGACGUGGUCGCGUCCGAGAUCGGGAUGAGAUGCCCGUCGAUUCCGAUCAAGUGCUCUACAUGGGUAAUGAACGCUUCUCUGUUCCGGAGGUACUGUUUCAGCCGGAUUAUCUGGGUCUGCGACAAGCAGGGCUGGCGCCUACUAUUGCUCAAUCCAUUGCGCUCCUUCCCGAGGAGCUUCAGGGCAUGUUCUGGGCCAACAUUGGGCUAAUUGGUGGCAACAGUAAACUUCCAGGCUUGGCCAAGAGGCUUCGUACUGAGCUACGGCCGCUAGCGCCUAGUGAAUACGAAGUCGUUGUUCACGAAUCUAAAGACUCUAUACUUGAAGUAUAUCGCGCAGGUGUUGCGUUUGCAAAGACUGCAUCCUUCCGUAACCACAUCGUCACACGCGAAGAAUACCUCGAAAAUGGAACUGACGCAUGCCGACGCAAGUUCAAGGACUGGAAAGGAGGGAAAGAUGCCGUGAAAGGGAAGAGUGGGAUACUCGAUGAUCACGGUGACGAGCUGGACUCAUCGUCAGAUGGAGCAAAGCCGAUCAGGACGAGGACGAGGACGGUUUCGACAGUGAAGAGAAGGUAG